CUUGCGCGAAUUGUGGCAGUGGAAAUGUUUACGCGGACGGGCUCCACUGGGCCGGAACCACGCAGCUGUGUAUCAACAUGAGCGUCACCGGGAAAACGUGCGUUGAGGCGGCCCGGCCCGGUUGUCGUUGUUUCCCGAACAACCGCUUUCCUCCAGUUUGUCCCUUUCCCGCUCCUCGCCGCCAUUGACUUCCAGUCCGGCCGCCAUGUCCGCGCAGGAGGAAGACGGCGUGCGGGAGGAGUGGUCGCUGCUUAUCUGGACCGUCGCGGCCGUGCUCGUCCCGGUCCUCAUCACGCUGUGGUGCAGCGUCCAACGCUCCAAGCGGAAAACGCACAUGAAGCAGUUUUUCCGUCAGAGCAGACAUGGCUGGCACUACACGGACUUGUUCAGCAAGCCCACCUACUGCUGCGUGUGCUCCCAGCACAUCAUGCACGGGGCCUUCUGCGAUAGCUGCGGCGUGUGCGCCGACGAGCAGUGCCUCCGCCGGGCGGACCGGGAGCUAUCGUGCAAGGAGAUUAUGGCCCCUGCCCGUACGGACCGGGCCGUGACCCACCGGUGGGUCCGGGGCAACGUGCCCCUGGCCAGCUACUGUACAGUGUGCAAGCAGCAGUGUGGAACGCAGCCGAAGCUCUGUGAUCUCAGAUGCGUGUGGUGUCAGACCACAGUGCAUGACGAGUGCAUGGACAGCCUGGUGGAUGCAACCCGGUGCGACCUGGGCGAGUUCCACAACCUAAUCAUUCCGCCUCACUAUUUGUACCAAGUCAACAAGCUUCGCCGUCUACACCCUGACGAGUAUACAAAGCUCGCGAUGGACUGUGGGUGCGGCUGGGCUCCUGUGUUGGUCUUGGCGAACACCCGCAGUGGGAAUAACAUGGGGGAGGCUUUGCUGGGGGAGUUUCGCACUCUCCUCAACCCUGUGCAGGUUUUUGACUUGUCACAGCUUCCCCCUUCAAAGGCCCUUCAACUCUGCACCCUUUUGCCCCCUGGCUGUGUCAGGGUGCUUGUGUGUGGAGGUGAUGGCACCGUGGGAUGGGUGCUCGAUGCCAUUGACGGUAUGAAGCUCAAGGGUCUAGACCAAUUCAUCCCAAGGGUGACCAUCCUCCCUCUCGGAACAGGAAAUGACCUUUCCAACACUUUGGGCUGGGGUGCGGGCUAUGCUGGGGAGAUCCCUGUGGAACAGGUUCUACGCAACAUCCUAGAUGCGGGCGUAGUCAAAAUGGACAGAUGGAAAGUGCAGGUGUCUUCCAAAGGCCUCUCUAUUCGAAAACCAAAGGUUCUGUCCAUGAACAACUAUUUCUCUGUGGGUCCUGACGCUCUGAUGGCGCUCAACUUCCACACACACCGUGAGAAAACACCCUCUUUCUUCACCAGUCGAAUCAUCAACAAGGCUGUGUAUUUCUUAUAUGGCACCCGGGACUGUUUAGUGCAAGAAUGUAAAGAUCUGGAUAAAAGGAUUGAGCUGGAGCUCGAUGGUGAGAGGGUUUCGUUGCCCAGCCUGGAAGGCAUCAUCGUUUGCAACAUUGGCUACUGGGGGGGCGGCUGUAGACUCUGGGAGGGAAUGGGGGACGAACCCUGCGCCCCCACACGGUUGGACGACGGUCUGCUGGAAGUGAUGGGUGUGUUUGGUUCCUUCCACUGUGCUCAGAUCCAGGUCAAGCUGGCUAACCCAGUUCGAUUGGGACAGGCCCACACAGUCAGGCUGGUCCUUAAGAGCUCCACGAUGCCGAUGCAAGUGGACGGCGAGCCGUGGGCGCAGGGCCCGUGCAGCGUCACCAUUACCCACAAGACCCAGGCGCUCAUGCUGUACCACAGCUCGGAGCAGACGGACGACGACGACGACGACGAUAACGAAUCCAGCACCUCCGAGACCGAGAGCCCCACGCCUCAGGACUCGCCCAGGCCCCCGGGGGCGGCAUCUGCUCGAGCUUGACUUUCAACCCGCCCGAUGAUCUUUUUUCAGCACGUACAGUACAACACUCUGUAAUCAUAUCUAAUCUGUGCAUCAUUUGUUCUUUCCAUUUUCAAUUGUCAGUUGAAAAACUAAAAAAAAAACAAAAACAAAUUUUCAAAAAACUGCUAGACCAAGUAUUUUUUUAAUAGUUAAAGUUUAGGCUCAAAUCAAAAAUUAGAAAUGGAAGACAGUUGAUUGGGUUCACGAUGCCCGGAGGUUUGGUAACAAGCAUCAGUAAAGAUACAUUAGCUUGUUAGCUGCCACAAUAACUAAAAUUCAUCAAAUGAUCCAGCAGCCACAUGGACAAUUGAUUAUGUAUUGCUUGGAGGGAGGGGGUGGGGUGGGGAAGUAUAUACUUUGUAUUGCUCAGUAGUGCAUUCCCAGCUGCUUCCACUGAAAUAUGAAUUUGUCAAGCACAGAGAUUUGAAUUCGAUAAAAAUGCCCAACUAGUCUCAGUAGGCUCAUCCAGAUGGAGUGAGAAGAAGCACUUGCAGUCUGCGAUGUCCGUCAAAAGUUGCUUGGUCCAAGCCUUGCCUUCAAUCCGUCUUGUCACGGGAUUUCCCGUCAAGUUGCUAGCUUGGUACGGAGCGCCGUUAUGCCCGCAUGUGGCGUGACACAUGUCUGAAAAGGUCAGGACUGGUCAAGCCGAUGGACGUAUUGGGUACACUUGAAUCAAGCGACGGGAUGAAUGAUAGGCUAGCGUCUUUUUUUUGUUUUGUUUGUUGUUGGUGAUGUGGUCGAGCGAUUGACCGCUAUCGAUAUAUUGAGCACCCCUGGUUUAGGAUGUUUCCGGCUUUAGGUCGUCCUAUGGCCCUGCAUUUCAUUAGUCCACUAGUCCUCUCAUCUACUGAACAGCAUCUUAAUCCAGUCACUCAGAUUUGGAAAAAUGUACAGGUGUGGUCAGUCAUGCCCGCGGAUAUAAAGUUGCGGGUGUGUUUUCUGUUUGAAAUUAUGUGUACUUUAAGGGCGGAGGGGGUGUGGUGUCAGGUGAACAAGGAAGUAGAAGUAGGCUGAGCAGCAACUGUUGUUAGAAGACAUCAGGCUGUGGUUCACUGCGCUAGAUCGUUUUUCAUGUGGGCUGAGAUUGUGCGACAAGUGCGCAAUUGUGCAGUGGCGCAGCUUUGAGGGAUCAUUGGUCAAGACUACACAAAAUAAGCCACGUCUUUCAAUAAUCUAUGGAUUUCUACUCGGAACAAAUUUUACGCGCGUGAUUUUUCGUGCUUGACUCUGCAGAUUUGCAAGUGCGAUGGCGCGUUAAAUCACAGUGACGGUUAAUCCCAUCUCAACCUGAAAUGCAAUGUUCACAAAUUGCAUGUUGACAUUGAUCAGAAUGUAGAAGCCAGUUUUUCUUUUAGAACUGAAUUAUUUUUAUUUUCAAUCUUACAGAGAAAUAUUCUGCCACUAUGUUCCAAAUGUGUUUGUCUUUGCAUAUCGAGUAAAGCUUUAUUAGUAACAGUGAUAGUCCCCAUCCCUUACAUACCCCAACAUCGCACUUCUAACGAUGCUCAUCCGCCACGCUUCAUGGCAAUAAAAUAUCACUGUGGGAUGUGUUUGCCAAAUGUAAUUUUAGCUUGGACACUUCUGGUUUAGAGAGGGGUGGCACUGUGUUUCUCAGCUGGUGAGCGUUGGCCUCACAGUUCUGAGGACCCGGGUUCAAUUCUGGCCCGCCUGUGUGGAGUUUGCGUGUUCUCCCCGUGCCUCAGUGGGUUUUCUCCAGGAACUCCGGUUUCCUCCCACAUCCCAAAAACAUGCAACAAUAAUUGGGAACUCCAAAUUGCCCCUAGGUGUGAUUGUGAGCGUGGCUGUUGGUCCCUAUGUGCCCUGCAAUUUGCUGGCAACCAGUUCAGGGUGUACCCCACCUCCUGCCCGUUGACAGCUUAGAUAGGCUCCAGCACUCCCUGCGACCCUUGUGAGGAUAAGCGGCUAUGGAUGGAUGCUUUAGAGAGCCAAAAUGUUGAAUAUUGAGAAAGUAAUACUUUCUUUUUUAAAUGGAUGUACUGCAGUUUGUCGAUUCACAUUCUUAUCAAGUGAAUAAUGUCCAAUCGCGUCAUCCAAUGCAAACUUUGCGCAAAUGACUUGUUUUCAUUCUUCUUUCAACCGAGGUGUAUUGACACGUGAAAAGCUGCGUGUUUACUGAGGCUCGUUAACAAAUCAAUCUUAGUCCUGUGGGCUGCUUUUUAAUUCUGUAUCUCUUUUUGCUUUAAAUACAUAAUUGAAUUUAAAACGGCUAAUUGUUAUGUUGCGGUGAUUGGUAUGUCAGUUAUUGUUUUCUCGAUUUCAGAUAACUAUUUGAAAAUAGAAAGAAAAACAGAUUUAAAAAAAAGCUUAAUGGUUGAUUUUUAAUUGUGUGUAGUUUGGUGUUUCAACCCUUCUGACAGGAAGAUCAGUUGGAGGUCAAUGUGAAAGAAAUUGUAGUCAGAAUUGCACUUUUCCAUGCGGCAUAGGUCAUAUUGCUGACUAAACUGUUGAUUUAUGUUGAGUUAUUUACAGCAAAGUUGUAGAGUUCGCAAGCGUUGGACCACGUGGGUGCCAUGUUUUCAUUCUCCAAAGAGAACAAUUAUUUUCAGCACAGUACUAAAAUCACAAAUCAGAGAAAUGAGACUAAGUGAAUGCAGAGAAGCUAUGUCAUUCAUUAGUUUUUGUACUGCAUUUUUACCAAGUGCAUUAAGUAUUAAUGUUACAAAUGUGUGUUUUUUUUUGUAAUGCUACAAAACAAUCACUGGAUGGUGCAUCAAACAGCUGAUAGAUUGAUUUAUGUUUAAAUCUGCCAUUAACUUGACAAGAAACUACCUUGCAGAUGUAAAAGAUGUGUAAAAUGCCUUGCAUUUAUGGUGUUCUUUCUGUCUACUCACAGUUUUAAUGUCCCGAGUGGUCUGUGUUGCAUAAUACUGCUGGUAAGAAUGUCAGGUGACACUGGAGGUUCAGUUAGUACAUUGCUAUAACUCCUCUACGGAAGGACACAUGGUUAAAUUUUAUGAAUUUAUGAAAACUCUUUCCUAAGUUGUGCAUUAAUGUAUGCAGGCAAGCAUUAAUUGAUAUAAGUGUACUGUAUUUUAUGUUGUUACUUUUUCCUUCUUGGUGGGGCCAUAUUUGAAAUGGUGGGCUCCAGUAAGCCAAAUCGUCAAUUCAUGUGUGUUUUUUGAAUGUGAACAUCCGUGAUUACUAAUUUUAUUUCAUCCAUUUUUUUAUCAGUUUAUUCCAUCCUUUUUUACCAGUGAUUUUUGUGUUUUAUGGCACUGAAUUGACAUGUGUAAGAGGCAUGAUUUUAGCCAUGUUAGUAUCAGUUGCUUUUGUUUUGUUUGUUUCUUCCAUGACUGCCUAGCAUCAAUAAAGAAACAUUUCAAGGUAGUAAUCAGACAGUGACGAAUGAAAAGAAACAUGACUCACUGAGUGUUAAAUCUUUUAGUCAUCAAACAAAACUGCAUGCAACUGACUCACAUGUUUCCCAGCAUGGCUGCACACCUUUUUGUGGCGUUCUAAAAUGUCACAUGUGGUUGCACUCAUUAUUCAGAAUGUUUUUAGUUAUUACGUUGUAUGCUACACACUUUUAAAGCAGUAUUUGUAUAAUGUCUCAGAGAUCCAUCAAAAAUUUGCUUCUAGCUGAGUAAGCAUUGGAUUUUUUUUUAUUCAAAAUGUAUGCUCAGAUUUUCAAUAUGUAUUUACGUGUUUAUUUUCCUUGUCGAAUAGCUGAACACAAGAAUGAUAUCGUUUUAUUUUGACUGUCCUAACAAUAUACAAGUGCAGAGUUUGUUGUGAAUGGAGGCUUUUUGACUGUUAAGGUCAUGUGAAUUUGUUACUUUGGAUGUUAAGUUUGACUCAGUUGAAUGUAAGAAGGCAAUGUUUAUGGAUUGGAUUAUUUUCCCAUGAAUACUUUCAUAAUAAACUGUCUUAGAUUGC